UUCAUGGUGAUUUGCUGAACUACUCAACAACUUUUGGUGAAACUGUUGAGCCUUGAGGUAAAUUCUUACCAAACUACUCGUCGCUGGGACUAUCACAACAUAACCUUAAUUGUCAUUGAGUGUAUUGCAAGAUGAAGGCGGUCAUCCAACGAGUCAAAUCCGCCUCAGUCACCGUCGACGGGCAGCUUGUCUCGUCGAUCGGCCAGGGGCUUCUUGUGCUUGCCGGUGUAGGGAAAGACGACACAGAGAAAGAUGCCGAUACCAUGGUUCAGCGCGUCUUGAAAGCCAAACUCUGGUCAGAUGAGAACCAGAAACAGUGGAAGAAAAACGUUCAGGAUAUCGAUGGAGAAGUGCUUUGCGUGUCCCAAUUUACACUCUAUGGCCAGUUGAAGAAAGGCAGCAAACCGGAUUUUCAUGGUGCAGCCGAUGUGGAGACGGCGCGCAAACUCUACGACUACUUCUACCAGAAGCUGAGCAACAGCUACAAGCCGGAGCGGGUGAAGAAUGGCAUCUUCCAGGCGAUGAUGGAGGUCGAGCUGAAGAACGACGGGCCGGUGGGUGUAGAUUACCGCAGUGAAGAUGCGGUGGUUACGAUCGAUAUCGACACCCAACUACCGAAGAAAGAGAAGGAGAAAGGGGCGGAGCCCCAAGAGACACGGCCCCAGACUUUCGAAUUUCAGAUACCCCCGGAGUUAUUGGAUUGAUAGAUACAUGAGCGAUGGGCGUCAGGAUGAACAUACGAUGAUGAUGACGGGUUCUUGUGUACAUAUAGAAAAAAAGUUAUAGAUAUACCCCAUAAUAGAGAAGGAGGUGGUUGGUGCAAGGUGAUAAUAGGAAGGGAGGGAAUUCCAGGAGCAUAACAUACUUUGGAAGCAUUACAGUACAUUUAUGAUCGGUGAGUACGUGAGUAGUACGAGAGGAGACCGUAGAUAUUAGAUCCCCACCUAUCAGACCACCAGCAUCGAUCGAUCGUGAACUACUAGUCUGAAUUUAUCCCCCUCAAGUGACAAGGAGGAGACGAAGAGAGGGAGAGGGGGAGAUUUG